AUGAGGCUGACGACAGUUAAAUUCCAUUUGCAGAAAGACGAGAAGCAGGAAAUUCCGCCGCAGAAACAACGGCCUGAGAUGAAUCUGCCCCAUUUUGUAUUGGGCGCCUGCGAGGGAGGAAUAAUGAAAGGAAAAGGUGAUUUUGGGAGGCAUAAAAUGGUUGUUGACAAAGCUAUGGAACGGAAAACAGCGCGCAAGCUUGCCAUUGACAGAAAUAAUUAUCUCCUGCCUUUAGGGUAUGUGACUCCCUGUGCGCGACUUCUCUGCUUGCGUUUCUGGCCACUUGGCAGCGCUGCCUCGCAGAGGAUUGAAGGUAUGAACAUCAGCUUGCUGCGUUGCUACUCUUUUCUGUGCUACUGUUGUGCUCAGCUGCUGUGUCAUUUGGUAGGGGCACGUACGCAUGGGUGAGCUGAGCCAACCUCUGUGAGUCUUCGGGACGCAAUGACCUUCGUCGAGUGCCCGGAGGCGGAGACCACAUGUGACAACCGAAGAAAGAAAGAAAGAAAGAAAGAAAGAAAGAAAGAAAGAAAGAAAGAAAGAAAGAAAGAAAGAGAAAGAAAGAAAGAAAGAAAUCUUCUACACUGGAAUAUUCUUCUUCGAGACAUUUAUGAAAUUAUUACUUAAUACAUAUAUUUGCAGAAUCGAUUUCGGAAAUGUUAAAGUCACAUUAAAAAAACAAUAAUACUUAAAUGUUAAAAAUGGUAAAUUAAAGGUGAAGAGAGUUCAAGGAUCUUCACC